CCUGAUACAGCAGGUGCAACAACUUAGUUCUAGUUGAUUUCAAGCAGCCAUGGCCUUCAAAACCGAGAGAAUACAAAACCGAGAGAAUAAAAAUUCGCGGCUUAAUUUAACUUGCUGCUCGUUGUCGCGUCAUGGGAGAGAGCUAAAAACGAAAAAACUGCUGAACAGAAUGAUGUGUCUGUGUGCCGGAUGAGACCAAAUCAGGACGAGCGAAAAAGGAAAAAAGACGAAUUGCGAUCGACUCUAGAUGUUGACACUUCCGGGGGGAUCUCGAGUUAUUAUUUUGCAAAAUUUUUAUUUGCUUGGCUACUCUUUCGAUGAUUGCCUCUAAAAUCGAACUCAAAGGAGCAGAUCACCCUAUCAACAGAAAAAUCAGCCAGAAAAAGUAAACUUCUAGCUCGUCUCAUCCAAGUCAAACAAAAAGCAGAGUAGACUGAAACCACCAUCCAAGAGAGAAAUCAAGAUGGGUCAUUCCGAACUGGCAGAGGCCUCUGGCCUCAACGAUGGCGCUAUGCCGAUCAGUUGUGCCGUGAUGAUCAUCGGUAUCGCCUUCCUCAUGAAAUGUAGAGAGAUUCCAAUUCAAGCUUUUGAUUAUGGCAAAGACCUCUGAGGAAACAGUAACAGCUAGCAGAACAGCUUAUAGCACGCAUGGCGCAUGGAGUGCAUGGAGCGCAGAUCUCUAACGGACGCUAGAAGCGCUCUCUUUAGCUCCAUGCAGCUCCAUGGCAUGCGAGCUGGCAAACCUUACAUAUAAAUUACUCUGAGCUAGAAGUAGGAGUUGUAUACUUACCUCAUUCUUAGUCAUUGUAGUAUCACGAUGAUGGUGAUUUGGUAGGUCAGAUCGGAGACAAAGACAUGUGACAUGGAUCUGGUCAGUCAUUAACAAAUCAAUAUCGUCCUUUUCCCUCUCGAAGAAAGCACUAAGCCUUCCUCUUCUAAUUUUCAAUGCCGCAUGUGCGAAAGGUGAUUGACCUGAACUCCGCUCAGUUUGGAGUUGCAGCAGCCCUUUGCGCGCACAUGCUCUUCGUUGUCGGUGUGUUAGCCUGGGGCUUGGGACUCCUCUGCUUAGGUCUCGCAUUACGUCUGGUUCCGGAACUUGCAGUAUUUUUUCUUUUUUUUGUCGUCGUUUUGAAUACUUGUGGUUAAAACUUGUCGUGUGAGGAGUGGAGAUGAAGAAUAGAGUAGCUGGAAGGAUAUCUGAAAUUGUUCAUUCUCUAUACCUUUUGCUUUACCUAAAGACAAACUGACACGGUCUCGUUCAUACUGACACUGUUAUCAUUUUGCGCCCAUAUCAGGUCUUCCCAACCUUCCUGAACUUGUUCGUUUUCCUGGCGUAUAUGAAGAUUUUUCGGCAAUCGCCAAUGGGCGUGCCAGGCAUCACGGGGCCGCCUUUACCCGCCAUCAUUAUCUUAAGGCUAGACAACAAAUGUCAGUCCUAAUGAAUCCAUCUUCCAAAAUCCAACCCAUUUCUGAAAGCAUGAAGUAACUUGGUCCCGUUUGUUGUUUCUCGUGGGAAACAAAGCGGGUACCACGAUGCUCUUGCUGCAGAUGCAGUUGCAGAAGAUGGAUUGGUGGAAAUUCUAAUUAUUAAUGUCACUGUCACGAUGUAUCUGCUGAUUAACCUCAUAGUGAACCAGGAGUACCUGUUUGACGCUAGCAAAGCGGAAUACGACUUCAAGAAUUUUUCGGCGGAAGGUCGUUUCGCUCUGUGUCUCGUUUUGUUAUGGUCUUGAUGGUCACCCUGGAUUCAUAUCCGAUUCCGACUACAACAACAAACUACUAAUUGUAAUUAAUUUAUCGACGUCCCUUUUUGUACGAUGCUGCAUUGUUGUACCUCGCGACUAAGCAGGUCGAUUCCAACUGUCCUCUACUACUGGUACUAGAACUAGAAGUGCGAGCUACUAGAAAAAGAUGAUAGACGUAAGUAUCGAACUUGUACUAUUCAACUUUUUCCUCUAAUCCUCGCCUUCUUCCCCCAAUUGGCUGGUUUCAAGCACCGUCGGGACCCAAAUUGGCAAAUUUCGUAUCCAGUCGAGCGUCUCGCUUCACUUCCUGCAGAUACGGGUGACUACUGAGAAUUGUAAAGGGAACUGGUGCAGAUGCGGGUGAUUAUUCAGAGAGUUGUAGAGGGUGAAGGUAGAAGAGGGGAGAGGCGAGACUUUUCAUCUUCUCCCCGAAUCGAUUACUAACUUAAGUCAACAUCAUAGUCGUUUGAUGAGUCAUAUCGCCCCUGAGAUGUUUAUCAUCCUGGGGUCUGUAAAGACAACAGGUUAUGGCACUCAUAUUUCCCUGGUCACGUGCUGUUUGUGAGGCCUUCCGCGGGUUCCUCUCUACAGAAUGCUUGCGUGCGUGGAUGCCGUACGUGUAAGCAAUAACAUGAACGUGCCACUUCAAGAGCAGCGACAGGACCUACGUCUUGAUCUUGAACUUUCAAAGAAAUAGCAAUACAAAUAGUACAACAGGAUAAAGAAAAAGAUCAUAUUCAUAUCACGGAUUUUGAUAUUUCACAAUCAAUCUUAGAGCUGUUACGUCACGUCACCGACGAGCGUGGGUACAGUAAAUUCAAAUCUCAGAAAGGAAGCCACGCCACCGUGGAAAGCUUCCUCCUGUCGCAAAGAAAUGCUGGGUAAGCACUCUUAGUCAUGAGUCCCGUCUUGUCAGCUGCUGGUGGAGUUUUCGGCACCACUAACGCCGCACAUUUUUCAG